AUGCCAUCAAUUGACCCACAGUCCGAGAAGCUUUUCCAAUCGUUACUCACCAAGGAUGAUCUUUCAGGGUACGAAGACCCCGUGAAGUUCCAAGAAUGGAUCCCCAAGAUAGAAGCAUACAGAAAAAGACUAGCUGACGCCAUACCGCCGGAACUCACGACGGAGCUUCCGCAACCGAUCGAUAGGCUCAUCGAGGAGCAAUUUGAUGCCGUGGCCUACUUGUACGAUGCCAAGUUGCUCCUGCCUCACGAGUUUGAAAUCACCGACACGACAGGCCCGGCAAUCGUGGCGAAAAUCGCCAGCGGCGAAUGGACCGCGGUGGAAGUGUUCAAGGCGUUUGCCAAACGGGCAAUCUUGGCGCACCAAUUCACCAAUUGCGCAGUCGAGGUGUUUAUCGACAAAGGUUUGGAAAGAGCCAAGGAGUUGGACGCAUACUAUAAGGAAAACGACGGCAAGACCGUGGGUCCCUUGCACGGGCUCCCCAUUUCCUUAAAAGAGCACGUUGCGUUAAAAGGUAGAAUCGGGCAUGUCGGCUGCGUGGCCCUCUUGGACAACAUUAUGGCACGUGACUCGGUGACAGCCAAGAUCUUGUUUGACCUCGGCGGUGUCUUUUACAUCCGCACCAAUGAGCCGCAGGCGUUGUUGCACUUGGACUCCGGGAACAACAUCACGGGUUUAACCAAAUGCCCCUACAAUUUGCUUCUUUCCAGUGGUGGUUCAUCUUCGGGUGAAGGUGCCAUUGUCGCUUUUGGAGGCAGUGUAGUUGGCGUUGGAUCCGAUAUCGGUGGGUCCAUCAGGUCGCCAGCGGCGUUUUCUGGGUGCCAUGGAUUGAGGCCUACAUCGCGGAGAAUCAGUGGACGAGGCGUCGUUGGAGGCGAAAGCGGACAAGAAAGUGUCGUUGGUGUGCUUGGGCCCUUGGCGAGGACGAUUGACGAUAUAGAUUUGUUCAUGAAGGCGUACAUCAACAACGGCGAACCAUGGCAUUUGGAUCCAUGGAGCUUGCCCAUGCAAUGGAGAGAGGUUGCAACCCCAAAAAUAGCCAAUUUGAAAAUCGCCGUGGUGAGAGAUGACGGGGUAGUGAGGGUAUCCCCACCAAUCACACGUGGACUCAACCACGUCGUUUCGAAAUUGAAAUCUGCCGGUGCUGAAGUAAUCGAGUUUGUGCCAACUAAAAGUCAGCUCGCGUAUGAUACCGCCAUGAAAUUGUACAAUGCCGAUGGCAACAAGGAGUUGCGCGACUUGUUUUCAGCUUCAGGUGAACCGUUGCCCAGAUUGACGAAAUGGUACCUCAACGCCGGUGAAGGAACCAAGAUGCACACCGCGCACGAGAAUCGUGAGUUGAACGCGCAGAGAGACCGAUUGAGGGAAGAGUAUUCCGACUGGAUGGUGGAAAACGAGAUUGACUUCAUCUUGGGGCCCGCGUACAACAACGUGGCGCCCAAAUCUGAAGAGGUUUACAACGAAUCAUACACCAUCAUUUACAAUUUAUUAGAUUUCCCCAGCUUGGUGUUUCAGACUGGAUUGAGACAAGAUCCACUGGUGGAUGUCUGGACCGAGGAGGAUAAGAAAUUUGAGUUUAGAAACGGCAUGGAGGAAUUGGAGAAUAGGUCGUACGAUCCCCAGGGUUUCAAAGGUGCCCCCAUUGCAUUGCAGUUGAGCGGAAGACGGUACUUUGACGAAGAAGUUGUUGCUGGCGGAAAAGCAAUUGUUGAUUUACUUGGGGUCGAUUUGUUGAAGCAUUAG